AUGUGUGGCUACUGCCCGUGCUUGGCUUCAAGCACAGGAAGCACAGUGACCCGCAGCUCGCAGGCUGUCUCGCACCACACCUUUGGCCCAGAGUCUCACCCACCUAGUACCAUUCGGGUGAACUCUUCCUGUCUGAACGUGGCUGCUGCCGGCUUAAUCCCAGAGCCCUUGCCUCCCUACACUGCGGCUAUCCCGGGGCCGCCCCAGCCGCAGAAGAGCACACUGCCGCCACGCCCCGCGACGGGCGCGGGGCACGCCACAUAUGAGCACGCCCCCCGUGGGCGGGGCGCCGCCGAGAUCCAGUCUCUGUCUGUAAUAGCCCCGCCCCCGCCCCGCCGUCCGCGUGACCCCGGAGCGGGCGCCGAUGGGCCGGCGGCGCGCGAGGCGGAGCGGCGCGGCGCGGAGCGGCGCGCGUCAGUUCCGGGCGGCGCGCGAUGCUGUCGGCGGCGGGCAGCUCCAGCUCCGGCCCCGGCCCCGGCGGGGGCGGGCGGCGCCGGGCCGGGCCUCGGCGGCGACGGGGACUUCCUGUCGCGGUACCGGCUGGUGUCGGCCAAGCUGCGGCGGCGGUUCCUGCGGAAGCCGAACGUGGCGGAGGCGGCGGAGCAGUUCGCGGCGCUGGCGCGGGAGCUGCGCGCCCAGGAGAGCCUGCCCUACGCGGCCUGGUGCCAGCUGGCCGUGGCGCGCUGCGCCCAGAGCCUCUUCCACGGGCCCGCCGAGGCGGCCGCCCUGGCCGAGGCGGCGCGGCUCUUCCUGCGCCAGGAGCGGGACCUGCGGCAGCGCCUGGGGCUGCGCGGCGGCUUCGGCGAGCACGUGGCGGCGGCGCAGAGCUGCGGCGCCUUCGCCGCCCGCCUGCACCUGGAGCGGGGGCAGCCGGCGCUGGCGGCCGGGCUGUGCCAGGAGCUGGCGGCGGCGCUGCGCGACACGGGCCGGCCCGCCCGCGCCGCCGCGCCGCUGCAGCGGGCGGCCGAGCUGCUGGCGGCGGCGCGGCUGCCCCUGGAGGCGCUGCGCUGCCUGGCCGAGCGCGCCUCCUGCCUGCUGCUGGGCCGCGACUACGCCGGCGCGCUGGCGGCGCUGACGCGGGCGCAGGCGCUGGCCGGGGCCGGGCUGGGGCUGGGCGGCGGCGGGGCCGCGCCCGCGCCCGGCGGCGCCUUCCUGGACGUGCUGGCGCGCUGCGAGGUGUCGCGGGUGUUGCUGCUGCUGCUGCUGCAGCCGCCGCCCCGCAAGCUGCUGCCCGAGCACGCCCGGACGCUGGAGCAGUACUGCUGGGAGGCGCCGGAGGGCGGCGCGGGGCCGGGGCCUGGGCCCGGGGGCGGCCCCGGGGCCGGCGGCGGGCUGCCGCCGGCGGCGAGCUACCUGCCGGCCGAGCUCUUCCUGCUGUUGCAGUCGGCCGUGCUGGCGUGCCAGGAGAAGGACGCGGAGGCGCUGAAGGCCCUGCAGGCCGAGCUGUGGCCGCUGCUCAGCGCCGAGCAGAACCACCUGCUGCACCUGGUGCUGCAGGAGAUGCUCAGCCCCGCCGGACAGGGGGCUCUGAGCGCCGCCGGCACGGACAGGCCUUGCCCAGGCUUGGACUUGUUACUUAAGCCGCGAGCUGUGUCAGCGUUAAUAGGAGUGCUCCAACAGAAGCGAGUGAUAACUGACAAGCGAACGCCUUCACCCGUUCAUCUUGCGUCGUAGUAAACUGCUCGCUGUACGUGUUGGAAGUUGUCAUGAUCGAAAAAGUGUAAUCCCAAAGCAGAAAGGCCGAUUCGAGGCAGAACCAGGCUGUUCCUUAAAGAACCGGCUGCAGUUUGCAGACAGGAAAACUUGCUGGGAGCGUAUCACCCCGGGUACGUGUGUUGGAGGGUUUGCACAUCUGGGAGUAAAAUGUUGCUGGAGUUGCCUUUUAGAAAAAAAACCACCACAUUAAAGUGAGAUUUUAA